AUGAACCGAUCUCUUCGACUUAGCCCGUGCCCCCUGCGGGCGUCCAGACCCCCCUCCGCCCUCCUUUCGACUUCAACCUCUCUCGUGAUCGGUGGAUUGCCCCGGCGGUAUGCGACGCAUAGCAGUCUAGGUGGCCAAGGGACGACGUCCAGCUCGGGUCCGACGAGGAAACAGAUCACGGUCAUUUCGGACGAUGGGAGACUCCGGUGGUCGGAGCUGAGUGGAAAAGAAAAAGUCGCCCGGGCUACGCAGCAGUCGUUCAACUUUAUGCUUGUGGUGAUUGGCGCGGUCAUGACGGGUGGAGUGUUUACGUUCCUCUACCUUGAUGUCUUCUCUCCGAACAGCAAGACGCGGCUGUUCAACAAAGCCGUAGAACGCAUCAAGGAAGAUCCACGAUGUACGGCACUGCUAGGUGACAGCAAGCAGAUCAAAGCAUACGGAGAGUCGACGUGGAAUAAGUGGGCUCGUAACAGGCCGAUUGCGUGCGUAUCUAUCGACCGUUGGGACUGGAUCGUUGGUCUGACAUUGAACAGGACGACCGAAGAAAAGGACCAAUCGGGCCGCGAACACUUGAAGAUGCGCUUUCAUGUUGAGGGGCCGCUGAAUUCUGGUACUGUGAUCCUUCAUAUGGUGCGACCGCAGGAUCAGAACGAAUAUCAGUAUCGCAUUCUUGCCUUGGAUGUUAAAGGUAGAUAUUAG